GUUGGCCAUAAACAAUGCCACCAUGACGGGGACCGUCCUGAAGAUGACCGACCGGAGCCACAGGCAGAAGCUGCAGCUGAAGGCUCUGGACACCGUCCUCUUCGGGCCACCACUGCUGACCCGUCACAACCACUUGAAAGACUUCAUGCUGGUGGUAUCCAUUGUGAUCGGCGUGGGGGGCUGCUGGUUCGCCUACAUCCAGAACCGCUACUCCAAGGAGCACAUGAAGAAGAUGAUGAAGGACCUGGAAGGGCUCCACCGCGCCGAGCAGAGUCUCCACGACCUCCAGGAAAGGCUCCAGAAGGCCCAGGAGGAGCACCGCACGGUGGAGGUGGAGAAGGUCUCCCUGGAGAAGCGGCUGCAGGACGAGAUCAGCCUCGCCAAGCAGGAGGCCCACCGGCUGCGGGAGCUGCGGGAGGGGACCGAGAACGAGCUCAGCCGGCAGAAGUACGCUGAGCAGGAGCUGGAGCAGGUGCGCAUGGCGCUGAGGAACGCAGAGAAGGAGCUGGAGUCGCACAGCAGCUGGGCGGCCCCCGACGCCCUGCAGAAGUGGCUGCAGCUGACCCACGAGGUGGAGGUGCAGUACUACAACGUCAAGAAGCAGAACGCCGAGAAGCAGCUCCUCCUGGCCAAGGAGGGGGCGGAAAAAAUAAAGAAGAAGAGGAACACCCUGUUUGGAACAUUCCAUGUGGCGCACAGCUCCUCCCUGGAUGAUGUGGAUCACAAGAUCUUGACCGCCAAGCAGGCGCUGAGUGAGGUGACGGCGGCCCUGCGGGAGCGGCUCCACCGCUGGCAGCAGAUCGAGCUGCUGUGUGGCUUCCAGAUCGUCAACAACCCGGGGAUCCACACGCUGGUGGCCGCCCUCAACAUUGACCCCACCUGGAUGGGCGUUCCCCCCCGGCACAACCCCUCCCACUUCAUCAUGACCGACGACGUGGACGACCUGGACGAAGAGAUCGUCUCCCCGGUCUCCGCGCAGUCACCCGUCCUGUCGAGCAACGUCCGCCAUCGCUUCGUGGACCCCCAGCACACCAUGGGAUCUCAGAGGUUGGUAGAGAGUCAGCAGCUCCCCGGCCCGGCCGAAUCGGGGCCGCUGGCCCACUACCUGCCGGGCCGGGUCACCCUGCGUCGAAUGCCCAGCCUGAGCGGCGGGCAGGGCUUCAGCUCGGAGGUCCCAGGCGCCAGCCCGCCCUUCAACGUCGCCGCCGCCGCCUCGUGCUCCUCCACGGCCGCCCACCCGUCCUCCGGCUGCCACCCCCUCCCCAUCUACUACCACCACACGACCUCCUCUUACAUCCUCCAGAUGGACGCUCUGCCCCCUCCCGACGUCACCUCUGGGACGCGCUGCCGCAAGGACAGCUUGGGAGACUUGUCCCACUCCGACUCGGACUCCUCCCUCCCUCACCUGAGCGACUACCAGCGGUUGUCCAGCUCCGCUCCCAAGCUGCCCCCCAACAGGCCGACCCUGCUGAGCAAAGCCUCGGAGGAGGCGCCCGGCUCGUGCCACCUGGCCCUCGGGGCCGCGUCCCCCAAUGGCGGCCACCACCGUUACCCGGAGGCCUCCCCCCUGCAGGAGCAGCUGCCCGAGAGCCCCAUCGUGAUGAAGAAAGUGAUGAUGCUGAACCACGGCUUGGAGAAGUCGUCCAGCCUCGGGGAGAUCAGCCACCCGGCCGCCGGCGGGGCGGGGGUCCGGCCCAGCCACUCCGACUCUUCCCGGUCCCACAGCCCCAGCUCCACGGAGCCCGACACCCCCUCCCCGGUCUCCGACUCCCGGCCGAACAACGUCGGCAAGGGCAGCACGCGCAUCCCCCAGCUGGCCUCCAAGAAGGCCGUCGGGGAGGAAGACAGCGGCUCCACGGGCGAGGAGACCGACUCGGGCCCGGGCAAGAAGAAGUUCCCCCUCAAGAUCUUCAAGAAGCCAAAGAAGUAGCCGGGAUGCAGGAAGGAGGGGAGAUCCCUCCGGGACAAGGGCCCCGCCCACCGGGAACGGAUCAGGGGCGAGGGGAGGGGAGCCCCCACCCCCCAACCCCAGGGGG